CACAGCCCCCAGCUCUGGCGGGGAAGGCCUGGUGUUUGGCAGGGUCCCCCCAGCCUGUGAACACCCCUGGGAGGAAGGUGGGUGCCUAGGGGCAGAAGGAAGCAGACGUUGUCUUGCUGCAAACCGGCUACACCGCUGAAGGGGUGCCCGUGGCUCAUGGGGUCAAGCGUGGCCAUUCAGACAGACCCACGUGCUGACGCCCCCGUGGGCGGGAGCGUACAGGAAGCACACGGGAGCCCUGGGACCCUCCCCUGUGUCACACAUAAACGGCAACUGAGUGAACUGCCCGGCGGGUUAGGUGUGAGGGUCAGAGGCGUGUCCAGCAUGACGCCCACAUGGGCGCACGCUCUGGGACAGAGGUGGGGGCAGCAGGUGGCCAGGCAGUCUCUCCCCCUCAGAAUCAUCGUGGGCACGAGGGGCCAGAGCCUUGGGGUCCAGGGCACGAUUGACAUCGCUGGAAAGUGUCACUUGCCAAGCACAGCGGUGUUAUCAUUUCCUGCCUCCCGAGCUGGACGGCAGGCGGGGGUCACAGACGGCGGAAUCUCCCAGUUUAUUUCAAGAAGGCCCAGGGCCGUUUCCCCUCCCUUCCUCCCGCCUUGUAGCUGUUUGUUUGAACUUGAGAUUUCCUGAGCUUGGAAGGUGUUUCUGACUUGGGCAGCGAAGCAAACCCCUGACUCUGGGAGCCCCGGCCAGCACAAGCCCCUUUCCGAGGAAGGAAACGCCCAAGACCUGCAAAUAGACCGCUCUGCAGCCUGGCCCCCACUCUGCAGAGCUCUCCUCUGACACCGCAGGCCUUGUGUCCGGGCUGUGUCCCCCCAGGUGAGGGGACAGGCAGGGGCCGGCCCUCCGUGCACAGGAGGUUCUGGGCUGCCCGUGCCUGGAGUGAUUGCAGAGCAAGGCCUGGAGUUGGAGGCCGGGGACUCUGGGAGCCGGUUGGACGCUCUGUUGUUCCUUAGGACUCGGCAAACCCAAGGUCACUGGAGGUCGCCUGCCCAGCUCAGCGUGCAGCGCGGGGUGGGGUGCCCUCCCCCACUGCCAGUGCCCGCCCGCUGUGGACCGUCUGCAGAGGAGAACUGCAGGGCAAGGGAACUGUGCCCUGUGGAAUCGAAGCCCCCGCUGCCGUGCGCGUCCCUGGAGAAAACGUGAUGGCCGCGAAGGGAGCUUCUCGGGGGGCCCCCGGGGGGCCCCAGCGUCGGCUCUGGCUGCUGACUCGGAGACGCCGGGGGACCUCGAGGCGCCCACAGCCUGUUGAGGCGGGACGGGGUGGCACCACCCGGGACGCAGGAGCAGAUGAAAUCAUGCACCAGGACAUCACCCCGCUCUGUGCCGCUGACAUCCAGGACCAGCUGAAGAAGCGCUUUGCUUAUCUGUCCGGUGGGCGCGGGCAGGACGGCAGCCCGGUCAUCACCUUCCCAGACUACCCGGCCUUCAGCGACAUCCCCGACAAGGAGUUCCAGAAUGUCAUGACCUACCUCACCAGCAUCCCCAGCUUGCAAGAUGCUGGCAUUGGGUUCAUUCUGGUCAUAGACAGAAGGCAGGACAAAUGGACGUCGGUGAAGGCGUCGGUCCUGCGAAUAGCCGCGUCCUUCCCGGCAAACCUCCAGCUCGUCCUUGUCCUGCGCCCAGCGGGGUUUUUCCAAAGGACCCUCUCUGACCUCGCUUUCAAAUUCAACAGAGAUGACUUUAAGAUGAAGGUGCCGGUCAUAAUGCUGAGCUCAGUGCCAGAGUUACACGGUUACAUCGACAAGUCCCAACUGACUGAGGACCUGGGCGGGACCCUGGACUACUGCCACACGAGGUGGUUGUGUCACCGUACGGCGAUCGAAAGCUUCGCCCUCAUGGUCAAGCAGACUGCUCAGAUGCUGCAGUCCUUUGGGACCGAGCUGGCCGAAACGGAGCUGCCCAAUGACGUCCAGUCGACAAGCUCGGUGCUCUGCGCUCACACGGAGAAGAAGGACAAAGCGAAGGAGGACAUGAGGGCGGCCCUGGACGAGGGACAGAGCCUCCUGCAAAGCGUCAGAGAGCCCCUGGCCAAGGGCGGGGGGCGGAGCCUGAGCCAGGACCAGCUGGACAAUCAGACCACCGUGCAGAGGCUCCUGGCCCAGCUGAACGAGACCGAGGCCGCCUUCGAUGAGUUCUGGGCAAAGCACCAGCAGAAGCUCCAGCAGUGUCUGCAGCUCCGGCACUUUGAGCAGGACUUCCGAGAGGUCAAAGCCUCCUUAGACGCGCUGGCCCAGAAGAUAGCGACCUUCACGGAUGUGGGCAACAGCCUGGCACACGCAGGGCAUCUCCUGAAGGACCUCACCAGCUUCGAGGAGAAGUCCAGUGUGUCUGUAGAGCGGGCCCUCGCACUUGCCCUGGAGGGUGAGAAGCUCAUUGACAGCAGGCACUACGCUGUGGACUCCAUCCGCCCCAAGUGCCAUGAGCUCCAGCACCUGUGCGACCAGUUCGCGGCAGAGGUCGAGAGGAGGAGGGGGCUGCUCAGCAAGUCCCUGGAGCUGCACAGCCUCCUGGAGGCGUCCAUGAAGUGGUGUGAUGAGGGAAUCUACCUGCUGGCCUCACAGCCUGUGGACAAGUGCCAGUCCCAGGAGGGUGCUGAGGCGGCCCUCCAGGAAAUUGAGAAGUUUCUGGAGACUGGCGCAGAAAACAAGAUCCAGGAGCUCGACAGAAUCUACCAGGACUAUGAACCCGUCCUCACCACAGACCUGAUGGAGCAUGUGCAGAAGGUCUACCAGAAGCAGGAGGGCACGGAGGAGAUGUUCCACCGGAGACAGGCCAGCCUGAAGAAGCUGGCGGCCAAGCAGACGCGGCCCGUGCAGCCGGUGGCCCCCCGGCCAGAGGCACUCACAAAGUCACCCUGCCCCUCCCCAGGCAGCCGGAGAGGCUCUGAGAACAGUCCUGAGGGCAGCAUGCUCCGGAGAGGGCCCUACAGGAGGGCCAAGAGCGAAGUGACUGAGAGCCGGCAGGGCCGCGGCAGCUCCACAGGCGACGAGGAGGAGAGCCUGGCCAUCUUGCGGAGGCAUGUGAUGAAUGAGCUCUUGGACACGGAACGGGUGUACGUGGAAGAGCUGCUCUGUGUCCUGGAGGGCUAUGCCGCCGAGCUGGACAACCCGCUGAUGGCGCACCUCGUCUCACCCGGCCUCCAAAACAAGAAGGACGUUUUGUUUGGAAACAUGGAAGAGAUUUACCACUUUCACAACAGAAUAUUCCUGAGGGAGCUGGAAAACUACACUGACUGCCCAGAGCUGGUUGGAAGGUGUUUUCUGGAACGGAUGGAAGAGUUCCAGAUCUACGAGAAGUAUUGCCAGAACAAGCCUCGCUCUGAGAGCCUGUGGAGACAGUGCUCCGACUGCCCAUUUUUCCAGGAAUGCCAGAGGAAGCUGGACCACAAGCUGAGUCUCGACUCCUACCUGCUGAAGCCAGUGCAGAGAAUCACCAAGUACCAGCUGCUGCUCAAGGAGAUGCUCAAAUACAGCAAGAGCUGCGAGGGGGCUGAGGACCUGCAGGAGGCACUGAGCUCCAUCCUGGGCAUCCUCAAGGCCGUGAACGACUCCAUGCACCUGAUCGCCAUCACCGGCUAUGACGGGAACCUGAGUGACCUGGGGAGGCUGCUGAUGCAAGGCUCCUUCAGCGUGUGGACAGACCACAAGAAGGGCCACACGAAGGUGAAGGACCUGGCCAGGUUCAAGCCCAUGCAGCGGCACCUCUUCCUGCACGAGAAGGCCGUGCUCUUCUGCAAGAAGAGGGAGGAAAAUGGGGAGGGCUACGAGAAGGCCCCUUCCUACAGCUACAAGCAGUCCCUGAACAUGGCGGCAGUAGGCAUAACCGAGAAUGUGAAGGGCGACGUGAGAAAGUUCGAGAUCUGGUACAACGCCCGGGAGGAGGUGUACAUCAUACAGGCACCGACGGCAGAGAUUAAAGCAGCCUGGGUGAGUGAGAUCCGCAAGGUGCUGACCAGCCAGCUGCAGGCUUGCAGAGAAGCCAGCCAGCACCGAGCGCUGGAACAGUCCCAGAGCCUUCCUCUGCCCACGCCGCCCAGCACCAGUCCCUCGAAAGGGAACACAAGAAACAUCAAAAAGCUGGAGGAAAGAAAAACCGACCCCCUAAGCCUGGAAGGAUACGUGAGCUCCACGCCGUUGCCGAAGCCCCCCGAGAAGGGCAGAGCUUCUCCUACCAGUCCUGGCAAAAAAGCUAAGCGACAUGAAGUAAAGAGCGAUCCAACGCCUUUUGGUUUACGAGGUUGGAGCAAAACGUCUCACCCCUCAGAGGCCCCUGAGGACGACGGCUGGUCGAGUGCUGAGGAGCUGAUCAAUUCCUCGGAUGCGGAGGAGGAGGGCAGAGUGGGCCCCAGGAAGCUGGUUCCAGGGAAGUACACGGUUGUGCUGGGCGAUGAGAAGGAAAGCCCUGAAGCGCUUGCCGUGAGAAGUGGAGACGUGGUGGAGGUGGUCCAGGAGGGUGACGAGGGCCUUUGGUAUGUCAGGAACCUGACCUCCAGCAAGGAGAGCUGGGUGCCGGCCAGCAGCCUCUCCACGCUCCUUGGCACGUCGGGCUCGGCUCAGUGCCUGAGCAGCUCAGAGUCCAGUGCAGGCUCCACCCUGCUGAGCGCCUCGUCCAGCUGCAGCGAGAGCUGCGGGGCCCCCCUCUCAGACCUGCAGGGGUAGCACCGGGCCGCGCAGGAUGGCAGCCUGCGGACCUCUAAGUGUUCCUUUGCUUGGGCUUGCUUAGUUUGGUGAGGGACGGUGCUCUAAGACCCUGGGAAAGGAGGACCCUGGCAAGACCUGGAAGAGGAGCCGCCCGCUGCCCACGAGACUUGGCGGUGCAGACACAGGGGCAUGCAGAGGAAAGGUUCUGGAAGAUUCUGUCCUCCGGCCUUCACGCCAGGACCCCCCUGACGAAGGCGCAGAAGUCAGCUCCACGGGAAGAUGGCGGCACACCGAGCUUCCCCGCAGAACCAGGAUGGAUAGAGGGCUGUGGGGCAGCGGAGCAAACAUGUGGCAGGUGCCAGGGGGCCGUCGUCCGCCUCCACCGGGCCACAGUGGGGAGCCCGUCCCGGCCACUCGGCUUCGGUUCCUGCCGCAUCUGGGCUGGUGCUUCCUGCAGGGAUCAGCACGUUGUGGGAGGGACCGCUUCCCAAAGAAGUGGCCAACCUACUGACCCAACAGCUUGGUGGAGGACUUUCUGAUUUUUACAAGAAAGCAGGGAUUAAUUCCAUGGCCAUUUUUUGUGGUACUUUGGCCGCUAAUCUUUACCAAGAAUCACUGUGUUUACAUGAAAUGACAAUUUAAUACUGUAUUUGAUACAAAACUAUUUUCUGUUACUGGGGUUUACACUGCAGCGCAUUGUUUAUACUGCUGGAGAUUUGAGGGCUCUCUCUUGGGACCAAAACCCUCUCCAAGGCCGGCCUGGUCACCGGCGGUUGAAAACGCAUCCCUCGAUAAAAUCCAGCAAUGUUUCUACAAACAGGAGUAGUAGAAACCAAGGAGAGUCCUUUAUCUGUGUAGGUUAAUUUUCAAAAGAAAAUUUAAACUAUAAUUUAAAAUAUUUAGUUUCUUUUCUACAAAAAUGGGGAACUUGAUUUUUUUAACUAGCUUCACUGAAUUAGGAUUUUUUAUCGUUUUUAAAGAAUACAUAAAGAUGCAGUUUCCGUGGGGUACCACCUGAACCGGUGCCCACACAGGGCUCAGUGAAAGCUCCAGCCCUGGCACCUGUGCCGGCCUCCACUGCUGCCUCCCAGGCUCGGGCAAGUCCCCCUGAACUCAGAAACGUAAAGGUUGCGGAGCUCAUCACUGAAAUCGAGGCAGAACUGGAAAGAAAACUCUUCUGGUUUACCUUUUUGUGUUUCUGAAACAAGCUCUGUUCUCCGGAAACACUUUGUGUAUCUGGUGGGGGCGGAUCUCUUUCUACGUGUGCUUACGUGGAUGUGUGUGCAUUGGUGUCCCGUGUUAGGGACGCACGCGGCCUCUGCGAUGCUGGAAACCGUCACUUUACUGCCCUCCCUGAGUCCCGCGCCCACCGCAGCCUGCUCCCGGCCACACGCGAGCCCCCACCCUGGCCGCCCCUGCGGUGCGUUAGAGAAAACAGCCAUGCAAGACUCAGCAGCUUUCCUCGAUGCCCCCCGAUUUACUCAGUGCGCUGACUGUGCAGAGACCACCCCAGCCGCCUCGCCCAACACCCCCCCACCAUUGUAAUCUCUUCCUCAUAAAGGCACUUUAAAACCUC